AUGACCCCCGCGGAGAUCCAGUACGGGUCGUUUAUAUACAAUAGCACCGGGCCAGAUAUUCUUCGUCCAGAGGUGCGUCUGGGCACAUUUGAGCACGUUGUGAGCCCGAGCCGACCUGACAAGCAAGAAGUCGACCACGAGGUGAUGGCUAGGAAUUAUGUCAAGGUGGCUUGCUGGGACUACCGCAGUGAUAACAGGACUCCUAGUCAAGCGUCCUCUGUCCCCUGA